CAAAAAUCCUGCGCCGUCGUCACUCCCGAAUUUCAAAAAUGGUCGUCGGAAAAGAGAAAUCGCCGAUGGGGAAGGAAACCGCCGAGAGCGAGAGCCAGAACAGAGCGAGACUGGCCAUUCUAGAGCUCGCUAACAUGAUCAGCGUUCCAAUGUCUCUCAACGCUAUCGUGCGCCUCAAUAUCGCCGACGCCAUCUGGCAAGAAGGCUCCAACGAUCCGCUCUCCGCCUCCGAGAUUCUCUCACGCGUGCUUCCGUCCGGCGGCGACGCCGACAAUCUCAAUCGCAUCCUCCGUAUGCUCACUAGCUACGGAGUUUUCGAGGAGCAUCUCAGCCAUAACUCAUCGGAGCGCCGGUAUUCCCUCACCGACGUCGGAAAAACGCUGGUCACCGAUUCCGAUGGCCUCUCCUACGCGCCGUACGUGCUUCAGCAUCAUCAGGACGCGCUGAUGAGAGCGUGGCCUAGGGUGCACGAGGCAGCGAGUGACGCGACGACGGAACCGUUCGUGAGAGCGAACGGUGAACCGGCGUACAGUUACUACGGGAAGAGGCCGGAGAUGAACGAGUUGAUGCAGAGAGCGAUGUCCGGCGUAUCGGUGCCGUUCAUGAAGGCUAUAUUGGACGGCUACGAUGGCUUCGGAGGGGUGGAGAAAUUGGUGGAUGUGGGCGGGAGCGCCGGCGAUUGCCUGCGGAUGAUUUUACAGAAACAUCCCCACAUUAAGGAAGGGAUCAACUUCGAUCUGCCGGAGGUGGUGGCUAGGGCACCCAGCAUCCCCGGUGUGACUCACGUUGGAGGUGACAUGUUCAAGUCCAUCCCCACCGGUGACGCUAUUUUCAUGAAGUGGGUUCUGUCUACAUGGACAGACGAGGAAUGCAAGAUUAUCCUGGAAAACUGCUGCAGGUCUCUCCCGGCGGGAGGGAAACUGAUCGCCUGCGAGCCGACGCUGCCGGAGAAGACGGAUGACAGUCACCGGACACGUGCCCUUUUAGCCAACGACGUAUUCAUCAUGACAAUUUACAGGGCCAAAAGCAAGCAGAGAACUGAGGAGCAGUUCCGGCAGCUGGGCCUCUCCGCCGGUUUCUCCGCCCUCCGACCAUUCCAUAUCGAUUACUUCUAUUGUUUGUUGGAAUUCCAAAAGUGAAGGUUUGAAUACUCUUUUCAACAAUUUCUCUGCCUGUUUUAAAUAAUAUUAAGACUCAGGAGUUAGAAUCUUCUUAUACUCUGUUAGGUUACUCUAUGAAUUGAAAGUUUAAUUUAUAAGGAUACCCUGCCCUGCCCUAAAUGAAGAAAGAAAAAUAAAAAAGGUGCAAAUAAGGUCCUUUCGUUUUGACUGAAGACACCCAAAAUUUUUAUGGCUUAGGGAAGAUUUUCUAAUGAGAUUGACUAUUAGGUGGCGUGAUGUAGCAGUUAGAUGAAGGGUCAAUUUUAUGUUUAAAUAGAAUUAAAGAUGACUAGACUUGUGAACCUCUCUGUGGUUGGUUGGGUUAAAAUUAAUGUGGAUAUUGCUUGCAAAUUGAAGAAAAAUUCAUUGGACAAUCAUUAGAGACUGUAGAGGUGCUGUACAGUAGUUGAGUUUCAAUCUUGUAGUUGCAGAGGUAGUAGUUGUACAUGAAGGGUUAAAGGGGCAAUGAAAAUCUCUCUUUUGUUAACUAUUGAAUCAGAUUCCCUUUCUUCCAUUUG